CCAAACAAGAAAUUUUUCAGAAAGUGUUGAAUUUUUUUAGAAAUGCAGGUCCUUGACCGACACAGGGGCGGAGCUUCUCAAGCUCUCCCUGCAGCUAAACAAUCUUCUUGAUAUUCUGUCUCGUUCGGUUUCCUGUGAACGCAUCUUUCUUCUGGAGCAUUGUGAGACUCCACACUCUCCUCUCCCGGGAGGUCCCAGCCUGUUGGUCCGUCGUUCCGCUGUGUUUUCCGCACUCCAGUGGCCUGAAAAUGGAGCGUCUGGUGACGCUUUUGUUGCUCAGUGUAUUACUCCUCAGUUCAGCCGGAGAAUCCGCCAGAGUUUCAAAAAUUCGCCUUCCCAAUUCUCCGGCAGAUGGUCUCUGUGCUCACCUCAUCCAACCUUAUGGCUAUCCUUGCUCCGAGCACACCGCACAAACAAAUGAUGGUUACUUGCUUGGACUUCAGCGGGUGGCAUCUAACUCCAGAUAUCUCAGACGGCAGUACUGUCCUCCAGUUCUUCUCCUUCACGGGCUAAUGAUGGCAGGUGAUGCCUGGUUCUUGAACUCUCCAAAUCAAUCAUUGGGGUUUAUCCUGGCUGAUCAUGGCUUUGAUGUUUGGGCUGGAAAUGUGCGUGGGACACGUUGGAGUCGUCGACAUGUCCAUCUGACAGAAAAAGACAAGGAUUUUUGGGAUUGGAGUUGGCAGGAAUUGGCUCUGUAUGAUCUGGAAGGAAUGGCUCGUUAUAUUUAUAACAUCACCAACUCAAAAAUAUUUAUUGUUGGUCAUUCACAGGGAACAAUAAUGUCUCUGGCUGCCUUUACUCAACCACAUAUAGUAUCAAUGGUUGAAGCUGCUGCGCUUCUUUCUCCUAUCUCAUAUUUGGAUCAUAUAAGUUCGUCUUUUGUCCUAAGAUUAGUGAAAAUGCAUAUUGAUGAGGUGUUAUGUGUGAUGGGCAUUCAUGAACUUAUUUUCAAAAGUGACUGCAGCACCCAUAUGAUGGAUAUAUUAUGCGGUGAAUAUGUGAAUUGCAAUGAGUUGCUUACUCCGGUUACAGGAAAGAACUGUUGCUUCAACAACUCCCGGAUCGAUUUCUAUCUCGAAUAUGAACCUCAACCUACAUCCUCAAAGAAUCUGAAUCAUCUUUUUCAAAUGAUCCGUGAAGGUACUUUCAGAAAGUAUGAUUACGGAAUCUUUAAGAACCUGAUACGCUAUGGACGGUUUCGGCCUCCAGCAUUUGAUGUUAGCAGCAUUCCGAAUUCUUUACCAUUGUGGAUAGCUUAUGGGGGUAACGAUGCAUUAGCUGACGUUACUGAUGUGAAUCGCACAUUGCAGGAACUGAAAAGACAGCCAGAGGUGCUUUUUCUUGAGGAAUACGGUCACAUAGACUUCCUCCUGAGUGUAAGAUCAAAGGAAGACUUGUAUGAUAACAUGAUUAGGUUCUUGAAGUCAUUCAGAAAAUUUGGUACUUACUAGUGCCCUGUCUGGGUU